AGUUUCCACUGCCACUCUCUCUUCUCUCUCUCUCUCCCAUUUGAAUUUACUCUUAUUUUAUGGUUGCUUGAAUUUCACACCAUGGGGCCCGUUGACUUGGUCCCAGCUAAAUUCCUCCAUGGGUUCCCAUGUGAGGUGUAAAUAGCAACUGUUUCUUUCCACACACAUCGGCAUUUCUGAGUUAAGAGUCUUGAGACAAAGGGGGAGGAGUUGUAGGAGUUAUAAGAGGGUUAGGCUUGAUAAAGAUUGAAUUUUUAUUUUGGGAGAUUUGGAGUUGGUACGCAGUAGUUGUUCCAAGAUGCAAUCUUUUCUAGCUUUUGUGAUUUCUUGAUUCAUAGGUUUGUAAUUGUUGGAGGGGAUUUCGUUUUAGCUGUUAUGAAUAGUGCAAGAUUUGAAAUUUUCUGGUAUUUGCAGUUGUGGGGCACUCGAAUAAUUAGUAGAAAAAGUAGAGAGAGGUGAAAUUUGAAAACUUGGGUUCCUUUUUUUCUUUUUUUGGGUGUUGUAGGCAGGCAACAAACAAUUGCAAAAAAGGGUAAAAAUGAUGACUCCAGGUGUAAAUUUGGUGACGACUGUUAUUGGAUUUGGAUUGAGUAUUAUGUUUAUAGUGUUUGUGUGCACGAGGCUGAUUUGUGCUAGGAUACAAUUGAGUGCAUCGCGGAGGUCUCUUGCCCGGGCUAAUGGAUCUGAUCUUAGCAAUUUGGAGGGGGGUUUUCAUGGUCUCGAGCCUCUAGUGCUGGCUAACUUUCCUAUGAUGAAGUAUAGAGAGUUAUGCUUGUCCUCGAUAGAAAAUGAUUGCCAGAGAUGCACGGUGUGCCUGAGCGACUACCACGAGGAAGACACGCUGUGCGUGCUGCCAGUGUGCAGGCAUUUAUUCCACGCAACGUGCAUUGGCAUCUGGCUGCAGCAGCGAUCAACGUGUCCUGUGUGUCGGAUCUCUCUGCGCGAGCUUCCUGAGAGGAAGUGGUAUAUGCAGCCGAUGUUCAGCCAAGCAGUGCGGUCUCAGCACCGGAUGCAGUCAGUUAACGCGCACUAUUGCCAUUGCAUGGCAAACUGGAAUAGGCCAAGAUCCAAUGAGCACGUCGAGGAGCCAUCAGCAGGAGGUGCAGCCCACAUCGGGCACAGAAACACGGACUUAGUUCAUGAAAAGAAUGGAAAACCAGAGAGCCCACCACCGAACCAGUAGUGAGCCAGGUGUUGGUUUGGUUUCACUCUUGGCUUUCUGUAAAUAUGCUGUUGAUUUUGCUUUUCUAUUUUCUUGUACGAGGAGCUUUCUUUUCACUUCAUUUGGAAAGCAAUGUCAUACAUGGUUCCUCCUUGUCGCAUUA